CUACACCUUGUCAUUUGACCCUUAGUGCUCGCCGGGUGAGGGCGUGUGACAGUUAUUUUUGUGUAGUGUUUGUGAAGUGCUAUAUUAUUGUGUUUUAGGUAAUCUCGCUCGGGGAUGAAAUCCACAGCAAUGGAUUGUGGCAGCUGCCUCAGCCCUGCAAGUGACACGGACGAGUCCGAAACGUCCCUGUUCCCCUUCGAUAACCAAAAAGACACCAACAAAAUGGCUUUCGACAACUACUUAACCCCGCAACGCAACAAGAAAUUCCGCGACUGCUACGAAACGAAACUACCCUACGUCCGCGAAUUCAAAGAACUGGUCGAACGCUUCAAAAACAACGAUGAAGAAACAUUCGACGAUCGCAUGCGUUCCAAUUUCAACGAGGACAUGAACUAUGCUCAGAACGAGAAUCUGACGCUUCUACGAAUGACGGAACAGACUUUUGAAGUACCUGUUGAACGAGAAAGAGUAGCACAGUCUUAUUUUGCUGAAAAUGAGAAUACAAGAAGAUGUUUAAACUUCAAUUUUGAGCAAGUUCAGUGUGUGUGCGAAGCGUUACAGCAGAAGGGGGAUAUAGAGAAAUUGUCAGAGUUCCUGUGGAGUUUGCCGCCGAGCGAGCUGCUUCGUGGAAGCGAAACUGUACUCAGAGCGCGCGCUUUAGUAGCGUACCAUAGAGGCGCGUUUCAAGAGCUAUACGCCAUAUUGGAAGCGCACGCUUUCCCGCCAAAACACCACAACGCUCUGCAGACUCUAUGGUUCAAGGCUCACUACAAGGAGGCUGAAAAAGUUAGAGGAAGGAAACUAGGUGCUGUGGAUAAAUACAGGCUAAGGAAGAAAUACCCGCUACCAAAGACAAUUUGGGACGGCGAAGAAACCGUCUACUGUUUUAAGGAGAAGAGCAGGAACGCAUUGAAGGAAUGCUAUUACAGAAAUAGGUACCCAACACCCGAUGAGAAGAGAGCCCUAGCGCGUAAAACCGGCCUGACUCUCACGCAAGUCUCCAACUGGUUCAAAAACCGUCGGCAGAGGGACAGGACACCACAGCAGAUCAACAGACCAGAGAUGCUAGUACCAGCGCAGUACGCCGGUCCACAAGGUGCCUUGGCUCCUGCUCUGCUACCCAACUCCUACUACCACCAGCUACAAGAACCUACUCACUAUCUUAGCAAUGGGGCAUAAGUAUAAGUUAUCAUCAUCUACCUAUUCAGAAAAUAAAAACAGAAUUGAUCCACCAAAAGGAUGGAUGGACCCUUUACGGCUCAGCCACGACAUUGGUCUGGCAUGGGGCUGGCGCGACAGCGGGGAGCGGCGGCCAUACAUUGGAGCGAGACACAGCGAUGGGACUUUUCACUCGCACGUAUGGCUGCACUCACCGCUGUCGCGCUUAGACCAAUGUCGUGGCUGGGCCGUUAGAGUCGUAUAAAGAUAAGUCCACAGCGAUUUUGAGAGCCCCGCAGGUGCGUGUUAAUUUAUACGCCAAAAUUCUGUGAAAUUAUGACAUUUUAGGUACCCCUACACAGGCCAGAGGCCUUACUCCGUUUUCACAUUAUCCGAUCCGAUCCGAUAUAGGAAGGAUUUCAAUGGAAAUAAUCCAAGAUGGCGCCAGUAAUGUAUGGGAUAUCGGUCCUACAUCCGAUAUCGGAUCGGAUAAUGUGAAAACGCACUAAAUUCCAAGCGUUUAUAAAUGUCCAAGUCGCAUCAAUUAAAAAUUGACUGUGAAUAGUGUGAAUAUUAUAAGUAUGUUUACCAAGAUCGCUGUCGACUACGAUUGGUAUUACGACUCCACUGAGUUGAUCGCUCAAACGUAACGAGA